AUGCGUUCCAGUCGAGAAUACUUCGUCGCCCAAGGGCUUCGCCGAGUUACCCAUACUUAUUACUACUUUAAGGACAUGAAAGAGCUGGACGGGCUCGCAAGGAAGCCCACGGCGUCGAUGUCGUGUGUCACCUUCUGGCUAGAUGAGCGCCAGGCCGACCAGCAUUAUGUCACAACUAUGGACCCCUCCGACCUCACCUUCAUCAUGUCAGCCGUCAACGACACCGCCAACAUCACCGCCGUCGUCGUCACUACUAUCACUAUCACCACGACUCCUUACCGCGUUCAUGAUGCUCUCGCAGCCUCAACUCGGAUAGUCGAGGCGGGCAAGUACCGCACCUACAAGGUGGCGGUGAAAUAUGAUAGUGAGGGACAGGUCAAGGAGAGCCGCUGCAUGCGGGCCAGGGUGGUUCCGCGAUCCAUGAAGGAGAUGGUCAACAACUUCAGCGGACAGCGCUGA